CUGGAGUGUCAGAAGCUGAGGAGUGAUCUUACAAAAGUUUAUGAAAUCAUGAGGGGCAUGAAUAGGGUAAAUAUGGAAGGUCUUUCCCCCAGAAUAGUGAAGUUCAAAAUUAGGGGGCAUAGAUUCAAGGUGAGAGGGGACACUUACAUGCAGAGGGUGGCGUAUGGAAUAAGCUGCCAGACAAAGUGAUGAAGGCUAUUACAAUUAUGACAUUGAUGAGGCAUCUGGAUGGGUAUAUGAAUAGGAAGAAUUUAUUCUGUUGAGAUAGUUAGUUAUUGAAUUGUUAAUUGAUCAUUUUAGAAUGAGGGGACAAUAAUCUAAGAAUUAGGACCCAACCAUUCGAAAGAGCUGUUAGGAAGCACUUCUAUAAACAGGGUAGUGGAGCUUGGGAAUUCUCUUCCUCAAACAGCGGUCAGUGUUAAAUUUAAAUCUCAGAUAUUCCGCUUUUUAAGUAAGACUCCCAAGGGAUUUGGCCCAAGGCAGGUAUAUGGAGUUAGACCAUAGAUCAACUAUGACCUUAUUGAAUCACAGAAGAGGCUUGAGGAAAUGAAUGGCUUACUGCUAUUCCUAUGUGUCUGUAUCAAAGGAUAUUCAAAUAAGGGAAUGUUCACAUUGAACAAAAUAGAGCUCUUCAGUGAGGGAAUAUAUGGGGUGCACAGUGGUUUGCAUUGCUGCCUCACAGCAUCAAGGACCCAGGUUCGAUUUGAGACUUGGGCAACUGUGUAUGUUAAGUUUACAUAUUCUCCCAGUGUUUGCCAGGUGGCUUCAAUUUCCUCCUGCAGUCCAAGUUGUGCAGAUUAGUUAUAUUGGUCAUGAUGAAUUGCCCAUAGUGUCCAGGAAUGUGCAAGUGGAUUAGCCAUCAAAAACGCAGGGUGAGAGUAUGAGUGGGUUGCUCUUUGGAGAGUCAGUGUAGUCUCGACAGGCUCCCACACGGUGGGCAUUCUAUAUUUUUCAAACCCCAUUAAGUGUUUUUGAGCCACAGUCUUUGCACCCUGAGCUCUCCUGUAAAUAUUUUCUAAUCCACUUGUUCCAGGAUGUAAUUCCACAUUUCUGGAGCGGGUUACGACUUGAACCUUGGUCUCCUACUUGGAUAGACACAUUGUUAGAGGGAACUGCACCAAAUGCGGGCAAGUGGAACGAGCUGAGUGGGCACCAUGGUCGGCACUGACCAGUUUGGGCCGAAGGGCCUGUUGCCUUAAACACGUCUGACACCCCCCCCCCCCCCCAUCCAUCCAAAGACCCAAACCACGAGGUCAUGGCGCGGGGAGCGGCACGUGGCCGAAGUUCCGUCAAUGAGGGCGGCUGACUUCGACGGUUGGGAGCCGCGCGCGGGAGAGCGCGAGGAUCUUUUGAAGAAAAACGGCCGCCAACUGUCACAGUGUUUAUUGCCUGCCCACUCUGAGGACCUGGAGGAUAUUCUAAUAAAGAAUGGUCGAUCUGGAAAGAUUAAAGACCAAUUUAAAGAUAUUGCCCAUCAUUUUUCUAAAGAUGAGUGGGCAGAGCUAAGUGAAUGGGAAAAAACACGCUAUAAGAAUGUGAAGAGGAACUAUGAGGCCAUGCUUGCAAUAGGAUUGAAUGUACCAAAGCCAGCAUUCAUGUUGAGACAUGGCAGAGGUAAUCGACCUUGUGUGUAUGAGUCUAGUGAUUCAGAUGAAGAUUGGACACCUAAAUGUCUUGUGAAAAACCCACUACAGGUGAGAACCUUUAAGCCACCUUUCAAGAAUGAUGGUACCAAGAAGACAAAGAAAGAGAACAGCAAAAAGAACGAGGAAGGACAAUUGGCAAUUGCAUCCCAUUUACAGGAGGACAAAGAUGCAGGUUUAAGGAGCUUCAGUGAGGGCACUCCCUCAGUUUUGGAAGAGACAGUUUCAGUUAAAAAGAUCAAACGAGAAACUAAUACUGCGAUGAGUGAAUUUGAGGCUCAAGAAGAAUCCAUCAAAGUUGUCUGUUCUGGAAACACUUUGGAAUCUUCAAGUGAGGAAACACACAAUAAAAAGGAAGAGCGAAGAUACAGUUUGAGAAAUAAAGAGAGAAAGAUUUACACUGAAGAAAGGGAACUUUGUGAUGAUGAUUUUCUGUUUUGCGAAGAUUGCGAGACAUUUUUUGUUGAAGAGUGUCCUGUGCAUGGUCCUCCAGUGUUCAUAAAGGACACAGUUGUUGAAUUCAAUCAACCAGAUCGAGCACGUUUAACCCUUCCAGAGGGCCUCAGCAUUGCGAUAUCAAAAAUUAGAAAGGCUGGUCUUGGUGUGUGGAAUGAAGGAAAGGCUAUUCCUAAAGGAGUUCAUUUUGGACCCUAUGAAGGAAUCACAUCAAAUGAAGAAUCAGCUGCUGUCAGUGGCUAUUCAUGGGUGAUCAGUAAAGGAAAGCAAGAUGUUGAAUACAUUGAUGCAAAGGAUGAAUCUAAAUCAAAUUGGAUGAGAUUUGUUAACUGUGCCAGAAAGGAAGAGGAGCAGAAUCUUGUAGCCUUUCAGCACCAUGGCAAAAUUUAUUACAGAACCUGCAAGCGUGUUCCUCCUCGGUGCGAGCUGCUGGUCUGGUAUGGUGACGAAUAUGCCAAGGAGCUUGGAAUCAAAUGGACAGCAAUGUGGAUGAUGAAACAAAAUCCAAAAGAUGAAAAUCACUUGCAGCAAGAAAUCCACAAAGAAGAACGACUGCACAAAUGUACUGACCAUGGUAAGAAUUUCCCAUUGUCUGGGAUCUACCAGCGAACCCAUUUGGGAGAGAGGGUACAUAAAUAUCCUGACUGUGGAAAGAGUUUCACAUGGUCUGGGAACAUCCAUUGUCACCAGCGGACCCACACAGGAGAAAGGCCGUAUAAAUGUACUGACUGUGGAAAGAGUUUCACACGGUCUGGGGACCUCCAUUGUCACCAGCGGACCCACACAGGAGAGAGGCCGUAUAAAUGUACUGACUGUGGAAAGAGUUUCACACAGGCUGGACAUCUCCAUUGUCACCAGCGGACCCACACAGGAGAAAGGCCGUAUAAACGUACUGACUGUGGAAAGAGUUUCACACAGGCUUCGACCCUCCAUCGUCACCAGCGGACCCACACAGGAGUGAGGCCGUAUAAAUGUACUGACUGUGGAAAGAGUUUCACACGGUCUGGGGACCUCCAUUGUCACCAGCGGACCCACACAGGAGAGAGGCCGUAUAAAUGUACUGACUGUGGAAAGAGUUUCACACAGGCUUCGACCCUCCAUCGUCACCAGCGGACCCACACAGGAGAAAGGCCGUAUAAAUGUCCUGACUGUGGAAAGAGUUUCACACGAUCUGAUAGCCUCCAUUGUCACCAGUGGACCCACACAGGAGAGAGGCCGUAUAAAUGUACUGACUGUGGAAAGAGUUUCACACAGACUCGGAACCUCCAUUGUCACCAGCGGACCCACACAGGAGAAAGGCCGUAUAAAUGUACUGACUGUGGAAAGAGCUUCACACGGUCUGGGGAUCUCCAUUGUCACCAGCGGACCCACACAAGAGAGAGGCCAUAUAAAUGUACUGACUGUGGAAAGAGUUUCACAUGGUCUGGACAUCUCCAUUCUCACAAGCGGACCCACACAGGAGAGAGGCCGUAUAAAUGUACUGACUGUGGAAAGAGUUUCACACGGUCUGGAUAUCUCCAUUCUCACCAGCGGACCCACACAAGAGAGAGGCCAUAUAAAUGUACUGACUGUGGAAAGAGUUUCACAUCGUCUGGACAUCUCCAUUCUCACCAGCGGACCCACACAGGAGAGAGGCCGUAUAAAUGUACUGACUGUGGAAAGAGUUUCACACGGUCUGGAUAUCUCCAUUCUCACCAGCGGACCCACACAGGAGAGAGGCCGUAUAAAUGUACUGACUGUGGAAAGAGUUUCACACGGUCUGGAUAUCUCCAUUCUCACCAGCGGACCCACUCAGGAGUGAGGCCGUAUAAAUGUACUGACUGUGGAAAGAGUUUCACACGGUCUGGACAUCUCCAUUCUCACCAGCGGACCCACACAGGAGAAAGGCCGUAUAAAUGUACUGACUGUGGAAAGAGUUUCACACGAUCUGAUAGCCUCCAUUGUCACCAACGGACCCACACAGGAGUGAGGCCGUAUAAAUGUACUGACUGUGGAAAGAGUUUCACACGGUCUGGGGACCUCCAUUCUCACAAGCGGACCCACACAGGAGAAAGGCUGUAUAAAUGUACUGACUGUGGAAAGAGUUUCACACAGUCUGGGGACCUCCAUUCUCACCAGCGGACCCACACAAGAGAGAAGCCGUAUAAAUGUACUGACUGUGGAAAGAGUUUCACAUGGUCUGGGUACCUCCAUUCUCACAAGCGGACCCACACAGGAGAAAGGCUGCAUAAAUGUACUGACUGUGGAAAGAGUUUCACACAGGCUUCGAACCUCCAUCGUCACCAGCAGACCCACACAGGAGCGAGGCCGUAUAAAUGUCCUGACUGUGGGGAGACCUUUGUUUAUCUCUAUCAGUUGAUAGCUCACACGUGUUAUAAAACCUGCCGACAUUGUGGAAAUGACUUUAAAAAUUCAGCAACUUUUAAAGCUCACCUGAGAAACUGUUUUGAAUCCUGAUAUAGCAAAUGAUAAAUAAUUUGCUGUUUUGCUUGCUUU